AUGAAUUCACAGCUGCAGCGGGUUUCCUCCGCUCGUAUAGCUUCGUCCAUCGGCGAUGAAGCACUAGACCUGGCUCCUCAGCUCCGUCAUGUCAACCCGGCGAACCCGUUCGCGACUUUCCGGCCCAUUGAAGAUAUCCCUCCACCUCCUCCACCUCUCCAACCGCCGCAGGAACCUCUCCAGCAGUCGCAACAACCUAUACCAAUUCCGCGGCAGCAUAGUACACCACCACAACCUCAGCUGCAUCAUCCACAACAACCUCCCCGGCCGCAGAGACCUAUCCAACCACCGCAACAACCUCGCCCGCACGCGCAACAAGCUAUACCACUGCUCCCUCAGCUUAUCACACCACCACAGCAUCAUGUGCAAGAUCCCCAACAACCUCGCCCAUCGCGGAGGCCGAUACAGCCACCGCUACAUGCUUUCGAAGACGUGGCACGGUUCGGUAACGCCCCGGAGCAACCCCCUGUGGUAGAUCUUGCCAACAAUGCGCCGGCACCACCAAAUGCUGACUUGGCCCUACUACUGCCGGCGCCAUUAUAUCAGUCUUUCCCGCAGCAUGAUUAUGCCGCGCUGGUAGCUGAUGCACCGGACAUGACGAGCUUUGUGGACGUUGUUCCUGGACAGCUGCAAGGCUUGAAGCUUAUCCCAGAUCCGCCUGACUUGGACUUGUGGAGAAACAUAUUGUUCUAUGUAGACGAGAUGAUUACAUUGAGCGAAGAACAGUAUGUGAUGUUUCUUCCUCGAUCGAAACAAUUGACUACUGACAAGUAUGUAACCCCUAGAUUUCAGAUCUACUUCCCCCACAUCGAUAAUGUUUACUCCCACCGCUCGACUCAGCGAUACAAGCGCAACACAUUCGCCUCCCACUAUUGGGAUUGUCGACUGAAAGGCCGACCGUCUGGGACACCCAAGUCUGAUGAUCCGAACAAGAAAAAGCGAAAGCGCAGAGCACGGGCAAAAGACCUCUGCGAUGUCAAGAUCAAGAUCACCGAAUAUUUUCCUAGUAGCGGGGUAUUAGAUGAUGUGCCCAUACCGGGGGAGAUGUUGCCCGAAAUGCACUCUAUGUUCCCACUUCAGGGUAGUAACGCGUUCAGUGUACUUUCCUCCCCUGGCCCUCGUCUUCCGGAAGACCAUCCCGGAUCAAGCGGCAGGAGAUAUUUCACCAUCCAACGGGUGAAUGGCACUGGCACCCACGGUCACGGACCGGGGUGUGGCCAUAAACACUCCCUAGAGGAGAGUGAUCAAGUCAAGAAAAAUAGUGUUCAACGCAUCCUUGUUAAGGAGGAUAAGGAGCGAAGAAAGAAAUCUUCCACAUCUACUUCCACUAGCCGGUUACACUUCUUUGUUCUAACCCUGUCCCUCUACCAGCGAAACAUGCCCAAACAGAAGUCUUAUCACACCAAAGCGACGGGCCAAGCCGCCGUUACGGCGUUUAAACACUCGGCGGAGUCAACCCUCAAGUUGUAUGGAAGCUGUUUCUGCCCAUUCGUGCAACGAGUAUGGAUAGCGCUGGAGAUGAAGAAAAUCCCAUACCAGUACAUCGAGGUCGAUCCAUAUAAAAAGCCUCAGUCACUGCUUGACGUGAACCCACGGGGACUCGUGCCAGCACUGCGACACGGUGACUGGGGAUGUUAUGAAAGCACGGUGCUCUUAGAAUAUCUCGAGGACCUGAAAAUUGGCAACGCACUCCUUCCAGAAGAUGCAAAGCUGCGUGCCCACUGCCGGCUUUGGGUCGACCAUAUCAACCGUCACAUCGUGCCCAGCUUCUAUCGGGUACUACAAGAGCAAACCCAGGAGAAGCAGGUGGCGAGUGCGAAAGAGCUUCGGGAUGCUUUGGACAAGCUGAUCGCGGCGGCAGAUCCUACUGGACCAUUUUUCAUGGGAUCGCAGUUAUCGUUUGUGGAUGUUCAAGCAGCUCCGUGGGUCAUUCGACUCCGUCGGGUACUGACGCCUUAUCGAGGCUGGCCAGAUGCCGAGGAGGGAACUAGGUGGGCCUCCUGGGUGGACGCCAUAGAGGCAAAUGAGCAUGUUCGAGCAACAACCAGCACGGAUGAGCUCUAUAUGGACAGCUACGAGCGAUACGCUGGUAAGUUCCAUAUGGAUGACUUUGGCAGAUAG